UACACCACCUGAGAUCGGAAAUUCUUUCAGCUAUUCAAAUCUUUUUUCAAAUUUAUUCUAGCUAUUAUGAUCAUGCAAUAAUUGCAACUAGACGUAUUUAUACGUCACCGGGAGCCAAAGGGUUAAAAAAGCUUUUUAUCAAAGCGAAUGACUAUCCAGAAUUAAAAGACAGAAUUACAAAACAUCAGCUGAUUACCACGGAAAUCGAACAAGCAAAAUUGAUCAAUUGGUUGACAACUGGGAAAAUAUCAAAAAACUAUGUCAAUUAUGGAGAGUUGGCUUCGAUGGAUGAUCGGAAUGUUGAUGAGUUGACUGAGAAGAUAACAGGUUUACAUGAUUCUGCAGAGGCUGCUGAACAAAGAAGAAAAAGUAUUCGAAAGAUUGGUAAACUUCUUCAAUCAAAUAAUAGUGAAACAUCACAGAGUAUUUAUUGGCUGAACACAUUCGAUAAAGCAUUAUUCAAAUUAAAGAAGAAACGUCUACGAGAUACACAGAAAAUGGCCGUACUUUGUGCUGUUGAAAGUGAAACACAUGUUAUUGAACAAGUCAAUACUGGUGAAGGUAAAUCUUUUAUUAUUGCAGCAAUCGCAACGAUUCGUCGUAAAACUGGAAAACGUUAUGUAGACAUAAUCACAAGUUCACCUGUUCUUGCACAACGUGAUGCUGCUGAAAUGACUGAGCUUUAUCAAGAACUCGGUUUAAGUGUUGCUGAUAAUUGUAGUGAAGAUCUUGAAGCACGUAAAAAAGCUUAUGCUGCUGAUAUUGUUUAUGGUGAUAUUGCUCGUUUUCAACGUGAUCAUCUUCUUCAUACAUUUUAUAAAAAACCAUUGAAAGGUGAUCGAACUCAAGUUGCUGUUAUCGUCGAUGAAGUUGAUAAUAUGCUUUUGGAUAAUGGUAACAAUAUGCUCUAUCUUUCACAUAGUGUUCCUGGAAUGGAUUUACUUGAUUCUUUACUGAUAUUUAUUCAACAACAAAUUCAUAGUCCGAUUUACACAGAUGAUAAAAAUAAUCUUGAACAAAUGCAAGAUCAAUUCGAUAAUACAACGAUUAAAAAGAAAGUAUUGGCUGAUAUUUUUGGCCAAUUUUUAAAGGAUGAUCUAAAAUCGAUUGUCAAUUCAAGUAUUCCUGAAGUAAAGGUAGUUGCUAUGUAUGAAAAACUGAUUCAAGGGAAAAUCAUCGAUACUGAUGGCUAUUUGAAAAUACAUCAUCAUGAUCAACUGCAAUUAAUUGACGAGGUGCUGGAACAGACAGAUGCUGCUUUCGUUUGUCGAAUUAAAGCUUGCUUUUCCGUUAUUAUUUCUCGUGAAAGAUCUAUCGAAGUACCGGUCUAUCUUCGAAAUUUUGUAAAAUUACAUCUCGAUGAAUUAAUUGAAAAUUGCAAACAUGCGCUGUCCUUAGAAGUCAAUACUGAAUAUGUCGUUGACGUUGAUCAUACUGGGAAAAUGACAUCUGCCUUAGAACCAUUGAUAACAAUCAUCGAUUCGAAUACCGGAGCAGAUCUAGCAACUUCUCAAUGGUGUGGUGGUCUUCAUCAAUUUCUUCAACUUAAACAUGGUUGUCGUCUUUCACCAAUGAGUUUAAAAGCUGUUUUUAUUUCAAAUGUUGCUUAUCUCAAAGGAUAUAAACAUAUCAAUGGUCUUAGUGGAACAUUGGGUUCAACAGAAGAAAGUAAAACAUUGAUUGAACUUUACAAAGCCGAUUUGAUCAAGAUUCCAACAAAUAAAGCAAAAGUUUUCUAUGAACAUGUUCCUGUCAUUGCAACAGUAGAAGAAGAAUGGAUUUCCAACAUUUACGAUGAAAUUUGUGAUCAAGUUAGUGGAACACGAUCUGUACUUCUUAUUUGUGAAGAUAUCAAACAACUUGAUUAUGUUUAUGAUGGAUUGAUUAAAUGCUUUAAGACAGAUCAAAGUAUAAGUAAAAAGAUCAAAGAAUGUUUUACAACUAUUACCCUUUAUAAACGUGAACAUGAUGAAUUUAAUUUUGAAGACGACCAUAAACUCGAACCACAUCGAUUAAUUAUUGCCACCAAUCUUGCUGGUAGAGGUACAGACAUCAAACUAAGUCAAUCUCUUAUUGAUGCUGGUGGUUUACAUGUGAUAACGGCUUUUAUUCCGAAAAAUUGUCGAAUUGAAGAACAAGCUUAUGGUCGUGCUGCGAGAUGUGGUCAACCAGGUUCUGCUCAAAUUAUCGCAUUUACUGAACCAGCAGAUAAUACUAUUCAACCAUCUGUUUUUCAAUUAAAAAUGUUUCGUGAUAAUGCUGAAGUUCAUCGUUUACAAUCAUUGAAAAGUUUCUACGAUUAUCAUACUGAAAUCGAAGAAUCAUGUUUAGAGAAAUUCCGAAGUUAUUGUGAUAAAGCUCUUAGUGUUAUUUAUUCAAAUAGCUCUACGAUCGAUGAUGAAUCUCUUUCAACACCAUCACAAGUCGUUUAUUUUGCUCUUCUUGAUCAGUGGGCACUUUGGCUUGAUAGUAAAGCUCCGCUAAUAAAACAAUGUGCAAAUGAACAUAGUGAAAAGUUGAGAGAAACUCUAAUCAAAUCUGUCGACGAAUUUUUAAAGAAACAUCCAUUUGGUGAUCAAUCGAAUUGUUUUGAAUUUGCGAAAAAUUGGAUCGAUGCUCCACAAUCAUUAUUAACUAUUGGUAUCAUUCAAAUGUUUCACAAGAAUGGAUUUCAAGAAGCAGAAGAUACUUUCAAUAAGAUUCUUGCCGAUGGACAUGAAUUUAGUGGUGAAGCCUUUUACUACAAAGCAUGUAUGAGAAUGAGAAACUUCAAUGGAACUCGAACGCAAUUGAAAUUAUUGAAAUUGAACAAGGAACAAUCGUUCAACGAAAACAUUGAAGAAGCCAUUGAAUAUUUUUAUAAAGCAAGAACUUUAUUUCUUCAUCGUUUACAACGAAAACAAAAGGAAGCUUCAAUCGUUGCUCAAAUGAUUGAAAAAUUUCCAGAAAAGAAUCCGAAAACAUCCGGUUUUGCAUCACAAAUAAAAUCGAUCACUACUUAUAUUCAACUGAUAUUGAUAAACAUCGAUUAUCUUGUUGGUGCACCUUGUCAUUCGAGUAUGUUUGUACAAGGUGGUAUCAGUGAAGCGUAUUCAAAAGAAAUCUACGAUGCAUUCUAUCGACAAGGUUUGAUCAGUCCAGCAAUACUUACAGGUCGACCAGUAGAAAACUGGCAGAUUGAACCGAUUCGUCGGAAAUACAAAUUACAGAGAAAUCAAAUCGAAGUAAAUGAACAAUUUUCUAUGAAUCUACCAAAUUGA